CUCUGGUUUGUGUUUCACGUCGGAAAUGUUUGCUAGUCGAACUUCAUGUACAUGGACGCCGCAGCACAAAACCUUCAGCAAUGUCCUCGAUAUCCCAUGGAUUUAAAAGCAGCAAGCAAGACUUCACAUUUGGCCCAUGGAAAGUCACCUCAGCAAAAACCCACAUUAUGAAAUCUAAAGAUAUCGAGCGGUUAGCGGAGGAGAUGCACAUGCCGUCCCUCCCAGAGAUGCUUUUUGGAGACAACGUGCUGCGCAUUCAGCACUCGGAUGGUUUCGGCAUCGAGUUCAAUGCUAUUGAUGCCCUCAAGCGGGUCAACAAUUUACAACACUCGGUACAAGUGGCAUGUGCGCAGGAGUGGCAGGAAAGCAGAGCGGAUUCAGAGCACAAGGACGUCGUAAAGCGCUAUGACUGGACGUACACAACAGAUUACAAAGGGACAUUGCUUGGUGAAGCCCUGCAGAUAAAGGUGUCUCCUACAUCAGAGCGUAUAGACCUGGAGAAACUGAAAGCUCGGGAGCAGAUCAUGUUCUUUGAGGAUGUGCUGCUGUUUGAGGACGAGCUCCAUGAUCAUGGUGUAUCUAUGAUUAGUGUAAAAAUUAGAGUGAUGCCCACUAGUUUCUUUGUGCUGCAGCGCUUCUUCCUGAGAGUCGAUGGAGUUUUGAUUCGGAUCAACGACACACGGCUCUAUCACGAGGCUGGGAAAAACUACAUGCUGCGGGAGUUCAGCUCACGAGAAAGUAAAGUGUCAACUCUUCAGCAUGUUCCACCUGCCUUGUACACAGACCCUAAUGAGAUUGUUCAGCAUUUACCGCUGACGCUGACAGAGUGCGAGAAGCUGGAAUUCCCAGAGCCACAGCCACAAGCCGAGUCUGCACAGUGACCCAGAGAUUACACGUGUCAAACCUCCGAGUGCUGAUCUAGGAUCAGUCCGCUGCUGCUUACUGAAUCAUGAAUACAGCUAUAUGCGCAGUGAACCCAGAUCAGCAUUCAGACAUUGAGACGUUUGAUGCCUGUGAACCCAGAAAUGGAGCUGUAGCAAGCAGGGAUGUAAACUUCCUAGAACGCAGGUCCAUCAGCUCUCAGCUCUCUUUAAAGACUUUUACUGUCUGCCUCAGUCACCAUUACUAGAUAAAAUCUUUUCAGUUGUAUUCUCUCACACCCACACAAUGUAACUGAAAUAUCAGAGCUUGGUUGCGAUGAUAUAUAUAUAUAUUUUUUUUUAGAAACCAGUUGAGAAAGGACGUAUUGUUCUGAAGUGUGUUGGAAAAACAAAAAUUGCAGAAUGAUUUAUUAAAAGUAUGUGUUUGUAA